GAACACCAGACGUCAAAAGAUAAAAUGCAACAAAUUAUCAUCUUCAGCGCCAUUCUGGCAGUCACCCUCGCCGCACCAGGCUACCUAGGAUACAACUCCUAUGUACCUCUUGGCAAGUCGACCAUCACAACAAGCAGCCAAUCUAUCGACCAUGGAAGCACCCACGUCUUACACACGCCGGUGUUGGCGACCCACGAAGUUGAAUACCACGUGCCAUUAGGAAAGACAACAGUCACAAAGAGCAACCAAGUUGUGAACCACGGCAGCACCACAGUGAUCCACACCCCAGUGGUCCAUGCUCCAGUGGUCCACGCACCAGUGGUCCAUGCUCCAGUAGUCCAAACUCCAGUGGUCCAUGCCCAAGUUUUCCACGCUCCAACUUACUACACAUCUUACUCUUCUCCACUAGUCUCUUACAAAACUGGCGACUCCGCUAUAACUCAUCAAAGCUCAACUGUGCACGAAACUGUCCCAGUUGUUAACUCAUUGCCGCUGUACGCUUCAUACCAUUGAUUUUGUUUUAUGAAUAAACUGUUCCGU